AUGGACUCUGACAGUGAAACAGCACCACUUCUCUCUGAACGUGUGUCGACGGACAAUCCACCUAUCCACAACGAGGCCCCCUCACAGCACCAUGUUACGGCAUCCCAAUUUCUCCCCGUUUCGUUGCUGGCUUCGCUGGGGAUGGCGGCAACAGUAGCUACAACUAUCUAUGCUUAUGCAGACCUACUUUGCACUGACCCCACUGCCUGUGAAGACACCGAACAAAGCGCCUACGCCGCAGUUGUUGCCAUAGCAAACGGCAUCGCUCAUACCGUAGCCAUCCUCAUUCUGGGACCUUUACAACAUUUGGCGAGCAAGUACCUCAAGGCUGGACUCUUUAUGUGGAUUAUCUGCAGGGCGGCGAGCGUAUCGCCCUCCGGAGUGUGCCGAUUGCAGUAUCGGGUCGUGUCUUUGAAGGACUGGCAUCGGACAAUUUGUUGCACUUCAAUCUGA